GAGGGAGGAGGAGAGAUUUUCUACAGAACAACUUUAGUUGCGUCCCCAAACAGGGUUAGCAAGUAGGCUACUUUUACAUUCUGUUAUCGAUUAGCAUUUAGGAGAUCUUUUCUUGGUUAAGGGAGGAGGAGAACGGGCGAGAACAUGGGCAAAAAACAAGAGGAUAGCUCGGAGUAUGGAGAGCCUGCCCAGUUUGACCCCACCUUCAAUGGUCCCAUACGGAAAAGAGGCUGCACAGAUAUCAUCUGCUGUGUUCUCUUCAUGGCUGUCAUUCUGGGCUACAUGGUCGUUGGAAUUCUGGCCUGGCUCUAUGGGGACCCUCGGCAUGUUUUAUACGCCCGGAACUCCACCGGAAUGUUCUGUGGCAUCGGCGCCAAUAAGGAUCUGCCUAGUGUGUUCUACUUUGACAUCUUAAAAUGUGCCACAAGCACCAACAUAAUGGCUGCCGCAUUAAACGGGCUGCAAUGCCCCACCGUACAGGUGUGUGUGAAAGAAUGCCCCAACACAUUCUGGCUCGUGACUCCUCUAGACUAUGGCAAGAAACCACGAGCAGUGUUCCAGCAGGCCCUCUGUGUGCCUUCCUUCAAUCUUAACACCACUACCUUGACAGUGAAAGAAAUAGUGGAUAGAGAACUUUGUCCGUUCUUCUUCAGUCCAACGACCUCAGUGUUGGGGAGAUGUUUACCCAACAUCACGGCUUUGGGAAAUAUCCCAAAUGAUUUCAGCGGUGUUCCUGGCCUGCCAAACAGCAUCAAUGAAACCGCUAACGGCAUCAAGAACGCCACAGGGGACGUGAUAAAUGGCUUCAACGCCAGAGAGGUCGGCGUGAGGAUCUUUGAGGACUUUGCUUCAUCGUGGCCGUGGAUCCUUCUGGGCUUGCUGAUAGCCAUGCUGGUGAGCCUGCUGUUUCUGCUGCUGCUAAGGUUCACUGCUCCAGUCAUGGUGUGGGUGCUGAUCUUUGGAGUGCUAGCUGCCGGGGCUUAUGGUAUCUGGCACUGCUACUGGGAAUACACCAACUAUGCCUCGGCCUCCAUCAGUAGUGUGGGCUUCACGACCAACUUAAACGUUUACCUGCAGGUGAAGGAGACAUGGCUGGCCUUCUUGAUCAUCCUGUGUGUGGCGGAGGCCGUCAUCCUGUUGACUCUCAUCUUCCUGCGGACCAGGAUUCUCAUCGCCAUCGCUCUCAUCCAGGAGUCCAGCAAGGCUGUCAGCCACAUGAUGUCCACACUACUGUACCCUCUCGUCACCUUCAUUCUCCUUGUUGUCUGUGUGGCCUACUGGGGCACUACCGCCCUAUAUCUUGCCACAUCGGGGGGGCCCGUGUACAAAGUGGUGGCUCUCAACUCCUCUCAGGAGGGCUGUUCUAGCAUCAAUGGCACUGAGGACUGCGAUCCCCUGACCUUCAACUCCACCACCUACCAGUUCUGUUCGUCGGCGCGGUGCAUCUUUAUCAAGUACAACACAGAGGGCCUGCUGCAGAGGAACCUGUUCAACCUGCAAAUCUACAACGUGGUGGCCUUCCUCUGGUGUGUCAACUUUGUGCUGGCCCUGGGACAGUGCACCCUGGCUGGGGCGUUCGCCUCUUACUACUGGGCCUUCAGCAAGCCUGCUGACAUCCCCACCUUCCCUCUCUCCCAGGCCUUCAUCCGCACACUGAGAUACCAUGUUGGCUCCUUGGCAUUUGGCGCCCUGAUUCUGACCCUCGUCCAGAUGGUCCGAAUCAUCCUGGAGUACCUGGACCACAAGACCAGAGCCGCCCAGAACCCGUGUGCCAGGUUCCUCAUGUGCUGCCUCAAGUGCUGCUUCUGGUGCCUGGAGAAGUUCAUCAAGUUCCUCAACAGGAAUGCCUACAUCAUGGUGGCCAUAUACGGUAAAAACUUCUGUGUCUCUGCCAAAAAUGCAUUCAUGCUCCUGAUGAGGAACAUCAUAAGGGUGGUGGUGCUGGACAAAGUGACAGACCUGCUGCUGUUCUUUGGGAAGCUGUUAGUGGUCGGAGGAGUCGGGAUCCUAUCCUUCUUUUUUUUCUCAGGUAGAAUACCUUUACCAAACGACACCUUCCGCUUCGAGACACUCAACUACUACUGGAUGCCCAUUAUUACGGUUGUGGUGGGAUCCUACCUUAUCGCUCAUGGUUUCUUCAGCGUCUACAACAUGGGUGUGGACACUCUCUUCCUCUGCUUCUUGGAGGACUUGGAGCGCCAUGAUGGAAGCAUCCAGAAGCCCUACUUUAUGUCCAAGAACCUGAUGAAAAUCCUCAACAAAUCCAACAAGCAGCCUAAGAAGGGAAAGAAUUGAUGAAGCCAAGUACCUCCUCCAAAACAUCAGCUCUCUUUCACCCUCCCUAUCUGUAAGAAAUAUUACUCUUUACCUCCUCCCACCCAGUGCCUUAUGAUUUAAACACUGAGACAGUGUCGCAAUCAACUGUCUAGUAACUGCACAGACUCUCAGAUCUAACUGUUCUCCUCUCCUUGUACAGGUUUGUAGCAUUUUACAUUGUCAUCACUCUUUCUGCUGUAUGCUUUAAGAUGCCAAAGUUUACACAAACUGAAUCACUUUAUUUUAUGUAGGGGGGGAUGUGUGCAUGCAUGUGCGUAUCUGCACAUCUGGUGUCAAUAUUAUUUUAUCAAGUCUAUGUGAGAAGUUGCCAUGAAAGGUUUUAAGGACGUAAAUUAUUUUUUAUUGGAUGUAGUUUGUAUCAUUUUGAUUCUAGUAAACUCACUAGCUGGUA